AUGUGCAGCAUCCUCGACUCCCGAGGCGGCCUCGGGCGCCACCAGAACUUCUUCGAGGCGGGGCUCCACUCGGUCUCCAUCGCCAGGGCGCGGCGCCUGAUCACGCGGGACCUCGGCGCGGUGCCCGCCGCGGCCUUCUUCCAGCACGCCUCCGUGGCGAGGCUGGCCGCGUUCGUGGCGGCCCUGCGGCGGGAAGAGGGCGGGGGCCCGCCGCUGCCGUGCGCGGGGGCGGCCACGGGCUCGCCGCCGCCGGCGGCCGCCGAGCCGGCGAGCUGCUCCGCGGCCGAGGCGUGUGCCGACGACGUCGGGCGCGCGCUGUCGCGAGCGCGGCUGCUGCUGCGCUUCGGGCCCGCCGGCGCGGCCGCGGAGGCGGCGCGCUGCUGCGACGGCGGGCUCGCGCGCUGGCGCGGCGGGGCGUCGCACCUGGGCCCAUCGUGCGUCGAGGCGGCCAGGCAGCUCUGCCUGCUGGGCGCCCUGCUGCGCGGCGCGGAGGGCCCGCCGGGCGCGCCCCUGGCGGAGGACGGGCGGGACGAGGCCGACGAGGCUGCCGCCGAGCUCCUGGGCGAGGCGCUGGGCCUCUGCUCGCAGGCCGGCGCGCACGCGGAGAGCGCCGAGCAAGCGUCGGUGCUGGCGGUGUGGGCGCUGGUGCGAUCGCGUGGGGAUGGGAGGCCCUGGCGCGUCCAGGCUGCGGUGGCCCGGCUGGUCGCCGCGAGCCAGGCGGCCCUGCAUCGACUGAGCCUCGGCUGGGGCCGCGAGGCCGGGCAGCUGCGGAUGGACCCGGCCUGGCCGCACAGCAGGGACGCCGGGUGUUGUCCCAGCUGGCCUUCCUCCCUCGGCCUCGCGCCAGGGGCACGGUGGGCUGAGCGCCUGCUGAAGCUGCAGCUGGACGAGCUGGGCCUGGGCACGGUGCCGGGCGAGCUGUGCGGGCUGCUGGUGGGCCUGCGCGAGCUGGACCUCUCGCACAACGUGCUCACCAGGCUGCCGCCCCUGGCGCAGCUGCAGGCGCUGCGCAGCCUGCGGCUGGCAGGCAACAGGCUGUCUUACCUCCCACACGACGUGGAGGAGCUGCCAGUUCUGAGGUGCCUCAGCGUUGCGGCCAACCACUUCCACAACCCGCUGGGGGAGGCGGCCAACUGCAGGCACCUCUGCGAGUUCGACGGCAGCGUGCAGGUGCCAGCGGGCAGCGGGCUCUCCGACGAGGCCCGGCAGCGCUCGCGGCGUGGCCGGUGCGCGGCGCCCAGGAGCGGCUCCCUGGAGACGCUGGACUGCAGCUUCACGGGGCUGUCGGAGGGUCCGCGGGUGGAGAUCGGCUGCGGAGGCUCGUUGAAAUACUACCUCUGCAUCGGCAACGCCCUCGAGAAGGUGCCCGACCUCCAGCACUGCAAGGGUCUCACGUCGCUGUCGCUCGGUCAGAACCUGAUCCGCGCGGUGCCGGCCAAGUUCCUGGACGGCCUGCCCGAGCUGCGGUGGCUCACGCUGGAGGCCAACCGCCUCAGCAAGCUGCCGGCGGCCAUCGGCAAGCUGAGGUUCCUGCGGAACCUGUUCCUCCAGGGGAACAGGCUGCAGGAGCUACCAGAAGAGCUGGGCUGCUGCACACAGCUGCGCGUGCUGGAGGUGCAGCACAACGAUCUCAGGGCGCUGCCGAGGACCCUCUCGGGGCUGCGGUCGCUGCAGUUCCUGUACGCGCACGCGAACGAGCUGGACGACGCUGACGCCAUCGUCGGCGCUCUGAGCGCGAUCCCCUCGCUCAAGAUCGUGGGCCUGGGUGGCAACCGCCUGCAGCUGUCCUGCGAGACGCCCCCCGACGUGCUUCUGCCGGGCGUUCGCCUGGGCAUCGGCUGGAACGCCGCAGGCCCGACGGCCCCGCCGCAAGACGGGUGCCCACUGAGCGAGGUGCUCUCCUCCACCGACUUCCACUUCGACGGCGCCCGCCGCUGCGGCACGCCGGGGCUCGCCCUCGUGGUGUGCUUCGCGGCGCAGGGCGCGCCCACGGCGCAGUGGGUGGGCCAGGUGCAGGCGUGCCGCUCCAGCCUCCUGGAGGUGGACGCCCUCUACGUGUGCGACCCCGCCAACGCGUGGUACCUGCAGGACCCCACCCGGUCGUGGAGGGGCGCCAGCUACUUCCUCGAGCGGCUGCGGGGGUACCUCGCACCCUACGGCAGCCGCGUGCUGAUGCUGGGCUCCUCGAUGGGCGCCACCGCCUGCGUGCUCUUCGCGGAGCUGGCGGGCCUGGUGCUGGCCUUCAGCCCCCAGAUCGAGCUUCGCUGCGGCCAGGGGCGCUGGCUGCCCGAGGCGGUGCUGGGGCACUUCGAGGCGCGCGUGGCACGGUCGCUCGCGGCCUGCCGGGGCCGGGUGGUUCUCCACGUGGGGCGACGGCACCACUUCGACUCGCUGGCGGCGCGGAGGCUGCUGGCCACUGCCCCGUGCGUGCGCAUCGCCUACCACGACACGGAGCAGCACAACACGUCGAAGUAUCCCGAAGGGCGCAGGGGGCUCCUGACCGCCACGGUGAAGAUGGCGGUCUCGCAGCUGGUCGCGGCCGGAUGUCCGUCCGAGCCCCCGGCCCCGUCAUGA